CAGCGAGUUUCAGUCUGUUAGAAACUUUCUUCGCGUUCGGUUGUGUGAUCGGGAAUUCUCCUUCGUGGUUUCGAACCGUGUCUCUCACAUCAAGGCGUUAGUCGAGUUCGUGUUAUCGGUCUGGUGCGCUUGGUCCUGGAAUCUACUGGGGGAAUCUUGAUCCUUGGAGAAGUGAUAAGGAAGGUGCAAUUGCACAUGAUCCCGUGGUAAAUCGGUAGUCCACAAUCGGUGUGUCUUUGCUGUGUGCAAGUGCUUUGAGGGCUCUCGAUUCCAUUGUUCCCUUAGGAAGUGUGAGCUAAAGUGUACGCGUUCAAGCGUAUUACUGCUGUUCUAUCAUCGCGAGUGAAGCAUAUUGUUCGGUUCAGCCCUAUUCCGGUGUAUUUGGCUCAAAAGUGAUUUCUUUCUUUCUUCUUCGGUUGCAAACGUCUCUUGUUGUUGGUGGUUUUUUAAGCCCAAAGCAAGAAACGAAAGGAAAGAAAAAAAAACACAAUCAACCCAGACACAAAGCGAGGAUUUGAGAAGCUGCACUUGUCGGAUUACGCUUCCAGAAGAGAAUUCGGUUGGUGUUUGGUUUACCUUGGGUGCCCUACUUUGGAGCAGUUCUGUGCAUCGGUUUUGGAGGAUCUCCAAUUCGAGUGAGGGUGUUAAUUUUUUGGAUCCAUUGCUAAUUAGCCGGCGUUUGGCGAAAAUUUUUGAAGGAAUUUGUCAAAGGCACGUCGAGCGUUUUCAACGAUAAAAAAGGCGAUCUUUGUUCCAUUCCCGGACUCCACAAAAAAGAACCGGAUACCGCAGAUUUGCCACCGUUAUUCGCCAAAUUUCGCUCCAGGUUAAGAAAUUUCUUCGGUGUCGGAAAAACUCCCACCUUAAAACAGCCCCAAGAUGCCGUCGGUCGGAGUCGCGUGUAUUAGAUAUUUGGUGUUUUUCUUCAAUUUCCUGUUUGCGAUCACCGGAUUGGUCGUCAUCGUAACCGGUGCAAUCAUUCAGUCAUCCUAUCACCAUUAUUCGAACUUUCUCGGUGAAAGCUUCUGGACUGCCCCCAUCGUGCUGAUUGUCAUCGGAUCGGUCAUUUUUGUCGUUGCCUGUUUCGGAUGCUGCGGUGCCGCCAAGGAAAGUCCAUGUAUGAUCAUUACGUUUUCCGUCUUUUUGGGGCUGGUGUUCCUGGCCGAGAUCGGAAUCGGAGUGGCCGGCUACUACAAGCACGAGGAGCUGAGCGGAAUUUUGGAGAAAGGCUUCAACGAAACGCUGGACAACUACUCGAACAGUCUGCCCGCCCAGGAGGCCUGGAAUCUGGUCCAAUCUGAGAUGAAAUGCUGCGGCGUUAAUGGACCGGAGGAUUGGGAACCCAUUUUCAAGAACGACACGGUACCGAAAUCGUGCUGCCACGAGCUACCGAUGGGGGUGAAUAAGUGCACCCGGAAGUACGCGGAUCCGCAGGGCUGUUUCCCCAAGCUGUCCGCCUUCCUCGGAUCGAAAUCGCUCAUCCUGGCCGGAAUUGGAAUUGGAUUGGCUGCUGUGCAGAUUGUAGCUGUUCUGUUGGCUUGCUGUCUAUACGGAUCUUUCCGACGACAAUACGAAACCGUCUAAAUGACUACCCCCCGCAGAAAGAAGUUUACCGAAUAGAGAGAAGGGGAGAGUUUACAAAAUAUUAUAAUUUAAAUUUGAAGAAAGCAAAAACUACCGUAAGACAUAAAUUCGUCACAAAAUGUAGGUUUAAAAAGUGAGAAACACAACUGAAUGCGAACCUCAGUAUAUUUUUUUUUUUUGGGAGAACAUAAAAAAAUGUCUCCACUCAUGGAUAUUUGUGCGAUCAACCUUCGAAUCAACAGACCAUUUAUACAAGGUGAAACGAGAGAAAAAAAAUUUAAGAAAAAAACCAAUAGUAUUGGCCUGUGAAAAACUGAUGAUAAAGAAUGGGAUUUUGGCGAACUGAAGACCAAAUGCGAAAAACAACAAAUCCAGGGGGGAUGAUUGGGGAAUGAGUUGAUCACAACUUUCUCCGUUUAGAGGGAGAAGAUAAAAAGUGAUAAGCACUGUCGGUGUGUUGUCGUUGUUGUUUAUUUAUUUGUUUGCUCUUACGUGAUCCAUCGCUGGCUGGAAAGACGAAAAACCUGAGAAAUCAAAGCUGAAAAUUGCUGCCUGCUCCUGGGAAGCACGAUUGCCAAUAAAAAUGAAAUACUCAUUCGCACCAAUCUAUCCCCUAUCUGAAAGUCAAAAAAAAGGAGGAAAACCCACCACGUCGCACUAUUUUUUGUGCGAAAGAAAUCGAAAAAAAACGGAAAGGAGACUCUGAGAAAAACAAUAAACUUUAACCUUAUCGAAUUCGAAAUGCAAAGCUAACAACAGCCAGCAUCCUUUUGGGAAAAGGUCUCGGGAUAAAAGCCUUGUGAAAUGAUCCGAUGAAUGACUAUAAACGGUUUGACGGGAAAAAAAGGAUGAAAUUUGCAAACAUCAGCACCUAUUUUUUGUCUCUUUUCGGUGUGGUCUCUUAAAUGGACGAAUUAUAGAUACAUACAUACAUAUAUUGUGUGAUGAUUGCACCUUAAACAAUUUUCACUUCUUCAGAAUCAUUCCUUAUACCGUAUUCAAUGUAGAUAAAAGUCACACGAAAGAAAAAAAAAUCUCUUAGAAAACCAUAGAAAGUGAGAGCCCACAAAAAGUUAAAAAUAAAGAACCAUAUUUUUCUAGAAUCCAAUCACAAACACAGAGACAAAAGCAAGUUAGAUGUGAUCUGAGACCAAACUAGUGAAGAAAAACGUAAUAAUAAAAAAAACCUAAAUAAAUGUUCAACCAAUAGCAAAGCCAAAAUUAUUCAGUUCAAAAUCGCCAUAUUGUGACUGUUUGCAUUUCCCUUAUAUACAAAAAAAAGGAAAAAUCUUAGAAAAGAAGGUUAAUAUUAGAGACAAUUUUGUCACUGCAUUUAUGAAAAAAAAAAUCUCAAAUAACUAAUACACAUCAGGAGGAAUCAAUCAUCGUCGAGAAAAAAAAAACAAUAAUUUUAAUCUUAGAUUAAAUCAAUCCAAAACCCCACUGAAGAACUUAUUAAAAAGAAAAAAGAAAUAAAUUAAUCAUAAAUAAUUAAAAAAAAAACACCGAAUCAACUUCGUAAGAGGAAAUUGCCUCAGAAAAAGUAAAAUCUUUAUAGAUUACCCAAACAAAACUUUGCUUUUGACAGUUAAAAAAAUAUUAACUUUUCAUUCAAGAAUUUCCGUGUUUCAAUUGGACUCUUUCUUAUCUUUUUUAUUUUAAUUUCUUUUUUUUCGUUAUUUCCCGUCUUAAUUAAAGACUCGUAGAUUUGAUUUUUGAAUAAAAUUUUUUUUUCCAUGGUCUGUUGAUUCCAAUGAAUCUCAAUUUUGAAACUUCAAUCCACUGAAAAAGAAACGAAAGUUAGGAUUAAGUUUUCCAGUAGAAUUUCUCGUCUGAAUUUGGUUCGAUAAAUAAAAAAAAAACAGUUGUUUUUCCAUUCAAAAAGUUUCCAAAAUGUUAGAUCACUUAAAACUUUGAAGCUUUUUGAGUAAAAAACAACAAUCUAAUAAAAAAAAAAAAAAGACAACAAUAAUGUUUUCUAGUGAUAACAAAUAAAAUCAAGACCCUCCCAACCUCCCAUUUCCUCCCUCAGAAAGUCACUCAAAACCAGAAAAUUCGCUCACCGAAUCAAAAAAAAAACAAGAUAUUAAACCAACCGCAAUUGCCACCUUAAUAAAUCAAAAGGAUUUGCUCUUUAAGAUAAGGAAACCCACAGCAAAAAAAAAGAAAUCAUACUAUAGUUGUCACACAUGUUGCAAUGAAUCCAAUUUGCUCAAAGUCUAACCGGAAGUCCACACAAACUCACAAAAACUUGUACACAAACACGUGUAAAGCUUUUUCGAACACAUUCACAAACACACAACCAACAACAACACGUUUGAUGUAGAAUCAUUGUAGCUGAUCCGGGAGAAGUUUAGAAAUAGGUCACACAAUUUAUGUAGAAUCGCAAAAAAGAUCAUCGACAGAUUGUUCAAACAUAUCUUUUGGUUACCGAAAUUCAUAAGUUUAAUUCUUGAAAAUGCGGAAAAAUACUGAAAAAAAUAUACUUGAAUUUUUUUUUAACGAAUUUACGAUAUAAAAAAAACAAUUUUAAAUUUUAUUUUCUUUUGAAAAGUUGAUCUAGGAAAACUGGCAAAGGUAUGUAGAGAACAAAAAAAAAAUCUGAAAUAAGGUACCAUCCAUAAAGUAGAAAUCUGAAAACGCUUGGAAAUACAAAAAAAAAACGGAAUGCUCGCAGUUGAGACAACAGUACAGUACCACAUAAAUCAAAAGAAAUAGUUUUUUUCUGUCCUUAGUGUGGCUUUGCUUCUUGCGCGAAAUCGCGCGCUUGAUAGUAGCGAAGGAGAAAUAUUCGGUAGCAACAGCGAAGAACAGGAAUCAUUAUGCGAAAACUUCGCAAUGAUGUUCGCAAACAGUAGUAGGACACAAAGUUUCCGUCGUUUCAGUUAAUCAGAGAGAAUAUCGUGGUUUUUUUUCAAUUUUAAAACACUUCUCAGUUAAAAGAAAAAAUGAAUUAAAAUCACCGCAAAAAAAUUUCGAUUACGUUCGAACUUUCAACAGCCUUAAUUGGUUACCAAAUGAUGCACUCUACAUCAAAAAAAGAAACAGUAAAUGCUGACCGAGAAACAAAAAAGAAAGACGAAAUCGUGUUACUGAGUAUUUUUGUAUGUGUAUUUUUAUCGUUUAAGUCUGAAAUAAAUACAUUGCCGAACGAGA